CCCCACUAGCCAGCGAUAAACCACGAUGUUCACGGCGUGGUGUGACCUCAUUUUCCUAAAGUGACCGGGUGUGCCUUCCUUGGGCCCGGACUCAACUCGGGCCCGGGCUUGGCGCAACCUCGCAUUUCUCGCAAUACCUGCUCACAGCCCUUGGCUACAUCUGCUCAUCACUAAAACGAACGAGCCGGCGAUGAACCUAUAAAAUAGGUAGUCAACACAUGCGUUCAACAGCCCGGCAACUUUAAAAGCCUCGCCAGAAUAAUCUCCUUCUCAUCAACACUCAAGUGCCUCUGCUGUCACACCACCAUACACCAAGCACAUCACCCUCUCACCCCAGAAUCCCACCGCAACAAUGGACAUGGACCAUUCGCACUCCGACUCCUCUGACGCCGGCGGCACCUGCAAGAUCUCGAUGCUCUGGAACUGGACCACCAUCGACGCGUGCUUCAUCUCCAGCGACUGGCACAUCCGCAGCCACGGCGCCUUCGCGGCCUCGUGCGUCGGCGUCGUGCUCAUGGUCGUCGCCCUCGAGGCCCUCCGCCGCGCCGCGCGCGAGUACGACGAGUGGAUCGCGCGGGACUUUGGGGCCCGCAUGUCGUCGUCGUCGUCGUCGUCGGGGGGGGAUGGAGAGGAUGGAGAGGUGGCGGCGGUGACGAGGUUGAGGUUCCGCCCCGGCGUCGGGCAGCAGGCCGUCCGGGCGGGUCUGCAUGCCGCGACGUUUGGGUUGGCGUAUCUGCUGAUGCUCAUGGCUAUGUACUACAAUGGGUACAUCAUCAUCUGCAUCUUCGUCGGGGCCGGCGUGGGCCAUUUCCUGUUCGAUUGGUCGGCGAGGACGGUGGUGGUCGGGGGUGGCUGUGGCGGCGCCGCCGCGCCGGUCGAGGGGAAAUGGGGUGGGCGGACGAUCGACGAACCUACUGUGUGCUGUGGGUGAGGGUCGGGCAGGUGGUUGGUUGGUGGGCAAGGGUUUU